GUCUUGAGCAACAAUUUAUGCUAAUAUGCCUGGAUUUAAUUCCGAAGUAUCUAUCCCAUUUUUUGAAAAUUUUGCUCAGAUUAGGAACAAAAACGAAAACCAAUCAAUUGGAAAAGAAUCACAAGUCCCAACACUGAACGACAACUCGGCCUUUGAGGCAGCUUGGGCGGAGUCCAAAAACAAUGAUAUAUCCUAUCGAAAUUCAUCUGAGGGCAGUGAGUUGGCUGUUAAUAAGCUUCUCACCGACCCAUUUCAGUUUUGGUCACCGUUUAUUGCGAAUCAUGAGGCCGAGAAACUCGAAGAUAAAGAAGAAAGAGUGAAACAAGUUGAUGGUUCGCGAUCUGGACAACGGCUUCAAUUAGAGCAGAAAAUGGAAAAUGUGCAGCCAGUAUGUGAUCCGGAGCUGGAGUCAAACGGGUGUCAUAGCGAAUUGAUUGCUCAAGGUGUCCCAAAUGAUUAUUUUAACUUGAAUCAAAUCUGGACGGACCACAUGUCACGUGCUAAUUCAAAGAUGACGGACCAUAAUGCAGUUUUGGGCUUACCGGAAACUGUUCAGGGUUUCACAAAUCAGAACACUUCCGAAUCGUUUAUUCCUUCGCAGUAUUCGUCCAAAAAAGAGUUUGAAAACUAUUUAAAACGACAGCAGAUGAAUUUAAAUCAAGCUAGAAACAAAGCAGUUGAGCCUUUCAUGAAUGAAAAUGCAACUCAGAAAGCAUUGUGUUUCCAAAUACCUCCCCGAGUUCUGAGGGAAACAAAGUGCAAUUCGUUUGACGAAUUCGAAAGUUACAUAAGACACAUGAGUUUCAAAGAGAGGGAGCUGUUCGAAGUUGCGCACCAACUGUGUCCAGGUGCUCUGGAUCUCAUUCCCUAUUCCCCACUUCCCCAGUGCAAUAUCAACGGAUCUUUGCCUCCAGUUGUGUCUGAUAUACAAUCGCAAGAUGAACUGCAAAGCAUGCUGAACGCUCUUGCUUUGAAAAAUAGCCUGACUCAGAACGUAGUUUCCCUUGGCAACGGAUCUACUAUGUCAUCUCAGGUCAACAAUGCAAAAAGUUUCGACAAGAAUAAACAACCGUCUGGCUUGAUGGAUUUUCCGUUUUGUGUUCCAAAGAUGCCGAGUAGGAUGGAGUCUGAUCCAGUCAAACCAAACUCGAAUACUAGCAGCGAUAUGAACCCUAAUUUGGCCUCCUUGCUCUACACGCACCUACCUUAUUUCCAAGCUUUACUCAUGCUGCAAAAUCAACAAAGUCUACUCAACAUGGCCUCAGAUCCCGCGACAAGCGCCAGUACGCCACUUGAACUCUUUCAAAAUGCAUCAUCGCAGAGCCCUCUGAACGUCUCGGGAAAAGCCAACGUAAACAAUGGAGCCAAUAACCUUGUGCGCAAUAUCAAUUUCAAUUAUACUCUUUUCAACGAGCUGCUUAGUCAACAACAAUCGAUUUUCCAAGACAAUCACAAGCAAACUUUGCCCAACGGAAACAUUAAUUUAGUCGAUGAUAAAGACGAGCUUAAGUUUGAUUGUCCGCGACCUUUUUCGGUCACACCUACUCCAGCAACGACUCAAUACAAUCUUCCAAAUUCAAGCAAUUCUAACCAUUUCAACCAGAACCAAUUUGAUCUGAAUGCAUACAUGACGUUGUUGGCAUCCAUGAAUACUGGCUCGGAAAUGGUUAAGGAUGUUAUGGGGUCCGGAAAUCAAAGUAUGAAGAAUAGUAUGGCACCAAGUAACAUGCAAAAUCCCGCUUUCAUGGCUCCAAGUCAAAAGGAUAUCUUGGAGCAAGGAGGUCCCAAUUUUGGUUCGGCUGUUAAUUUCAAAGUCCAGAGUCAACCCAAUAACUGGAUGAAUUUGUCAAACGGAGGGACGAAGAUGUCAGUCAAUCGUGGAAAUCACGGGGGUCAAAUGCAGAACAGGAGCAAUAAUGGCAACCGUUUCAAACAGAGUUAUGACUCAGCGGGUGGGGCUAGUGGAGGCAUGCAUGGUAAUAACUCACAUCAUGGACAUGGGAGACAUCAAGGUUACCAGCCGGGAUCGAAGAGCCGGGCGACAGACUUGCUGCUGGCAAAUGUGGGACUUGCUGUUGAACAAUUCAAAGCUAUCGAAAAUGAGCGGAAAAAGACUGAGGUAUCAUUGGCGCACCUCUUCCCCAAGCAUGACAUGCGAAGUGACAACAGACGUCCCAAUCAGCCCCCUCGACUGCCCCCGAACCCCACCAGGGUGGACAGACUAGUGGGUGAGAUGCAGAAGGAACAUCCAAAACUGCAAUACCCGAAUUUAAGCUCAGGACAACAAUACCUUUUGAAUGAUAUAAACAAAUUCCUUCAAAAAUGGUUUAUGGAGCAGUAA